AUGGUGGAUGGGCAUCUGUACUGCGAGACACACCGGUCCAGGAAAGCCCGGUUAACAGUCACAACUGUGCAAUCGGUUACGGGUAUGGCUUCUGGCUGUCUGGUGAAGCGGUCGACACAUGUAAGAAUGUAUACGAAUCCGCGUGAAGGAGGCAACGGACCUACCAGGUCUAAGUGUACAUGCGAGAACCGAAAAUCCGGAGCAGGACAUGAACCAAGAGGACUGCGG